UGCGUGGCAGCUUUAUCAUGUCAGAAGUACUAUGUAGAAGUUUUGAAGUUAGUUGCUUGGAAUUUCUUAGAGGAACUGUUUAGACACCAUUAGUCUUUCUUGUUGGUGGUUUAGUAAGCACACGACCAAUACGUGUAAAGUUUAUAUAAUUUGUGGGAAACGUUACUACUACAGUAAAUAGUUUGAAGAACAUAACACAGCUGCAGGUACAUUAACAAGUGUACAGAUUCAUAGGACAUGGAACAACACAAACGUACUCAAGGUAAAUCAGUCACUACUUCUGUGCCAGUCUUUUCUUUUCGUUUCCAUGCAGAAGAUGAAGAACUGGAAGAAAUAUACCCAAGUGCAGAGGAAACAGAUGAGGACACAGAGAAACAAGAGGAAGAUAGUAGCUCUGCAAGCAGUGCACAAAUGGCAACGUCUGUCAUCUCUGAGAGUGGAGUUACAGCAAGUGCAUCAGCUGCAACGAACACCAUUCAUUCACGGGACCCUUCGCCCAUGAAAGAAUACUUAAAGGGUUUCGGCAAGAGAUCUACUAGUGUUGAUGCUGGAAUGAUUGAUGGAGGAUUGCCUUCCUCUAGUAGUGACACAUGGAGACUUUUUCAUGAAAUAAAAGGGAAAAUCGCAAAGAGAGUUGAAGAAAUUAAAAGUGAUAGACCCAGUACCUCAGUCUUUGGAGGCGGAUCAAGUAUACGAGGAGGUAGACUUGUAGCAGGAGGUGGUAGCAUUAAGGAUGAUUCAAGCAUAAAUAGUGAUUCUGAGGAUAUUUCUGAAUGCUCUAGUAAAGGUCAGGAUGCUAGACCAGCAAGAAUGAAAGAGAAUAAAGAAGAAAGCUCUCCAAAGAAAACUGCAGUGUUUCCAGGCACAAAUAAAAAGGAUGAUGAUGGCAUUUCAUCAACUGUUCAGGAAACUGUUAUCACAUCAGGUUCACAUGAGAUGGUUGGUACUUUGUCUUCACCCACCACACCUAAGAAGUCUAAAAAAGUUAUUGCAAGUGGCACUUUGUCUGUCCUGCGAAACCGAAAAGGUGAUAAAGUUGUGGUGACUGCUGAUUCUGAUGGUGCUGUGCUUGAUGAAACUCAGCCUUUCGUUGAAGAAGAAGUGGAGUCUGGAGUAGAAGUAAAUGAGGAGAUGAACUUGAGCAUUAUAGAACCUGAUGAUCAUGACAUCCCAACAACAGACUAUCGACAGCCUUUUCCUGUUACUUUCCCACCACUUAAACCAGUAUGUCAACAAAAAAGGUCUUUGAUCCUCAGAUUCCAAUACUGGGGAGUCAGACUCUCACUUAUAUUGAUUCUUAUACACUUUAUAAUUUCUCUUCCUCCAUACAUAUCAGGUUUUCUAUGUGGAAUUGCUCUUUCCAUUGGAGUUGCUGCUGUUUAUGCUUGGAUUUUACGUCUGACUAAACCUGCCAAGUCACACAGCUCAGAUGAGAAUUGUCUUCAGAUUGAUGAUAAAUUCAUUAUUCCAGAUUACACAAAGAUACCAAUACUGGAAGUACCUGCAGUAAAGGAAUAUCAUCAAAUCAAUAAGUAUCAAGGAUGGAUGAAUGAGUAUCGAAAUGCCUACAACCCAGAGACAUACCACCUAAUUGACACUGAAUCGGUGUAUGUCCGACUUGAAGGAACAACUCUUAGAAUUUCUCAUACAAAACUUCGGAUCCCUAAAAGAGCCAUGUGGAAUGAACGUACCCACAAAUUGAAAUUUUAUCAUCAACGAAUUUAUAGCAUAGAACAUUGCACUCUGAAGCUGUUACCAGAUGGAUUAGCCAGAAGAAGACUUUGGAGUAAAAAGUACCCAAUCUGCAUUAUCCUGAACCACAAUUCAAAAGUGAGAUUUGAGGACAUCCUUGACAGUCAUGAGAAGCAGGAUGAAGAAUCAAAUCAUAAAGAUGAGGUCCUGCUGGAUGAAUUACCAGAUAACCUGUCCAGUCAGCAUUCCAAAUCUGAGACUGGACCUGAAGAAGAUGACACUUAUAACCAAGUAUCUGAAGUAAAAGACCUUAAUGACACUUCAGAUAUUCCAGUUGAGGAGAGUGACGAUGAAACAUUCUGUCACAUUGAUAAAUAUGAAGUGAUGGAAGAUUGUUUGUACCUGUUUGCUAGAACAGAUAGAGAAAAGGAGGACUGGUAUCGAAGAUUUGCAGCUGUCAUCCGUCAGAAACAUUCACCUAAGAGUAAUGAAGAAGGGUCUCUUCCUGUAAUACCUGAUGUCAUGUCCAGUUCUCCAUCAGUCAGCCCAGUUGCGGGUGAUGAUAAUCAGUCUGAAGUCUCAUCUGAUAUGCACUGCGCCCCUUCUACAGGAUCACCUGGGCACACCUUUACGUUGCCUACCAAUGAAUAUAUGACCGUAAAGUCAUUCGAAACCAGAGACUUUGACUACCUGAGAUUCAUGUCUAAGUUCCAACAGGUGCUGCCUUAUAAAAUGAAAAGCAACAAGGGCGAGGGGGUGUGUGCUGCAUCCAACCAUUUCCAUUUGCAUUCUACAUCGCAGCCACAAACAGAAACUACUAGAAAGAAACAUGAAAAAUUGGAAGCUGCCAUAGAGACUGAGAUAAAUAAAGAAAUUGAUGCUGAUGUUAUGUGGAUUAAUGCAAUGGUUGGUCGAGUGUUGUUUGACAUACUGAAGAAUCCAUCUUGGGUUGAAAAGCUUCAGGAAAGAUUACAAAGAAAACUUUCAACGAUCAAGCUACCUUAUUUCAUAGAAGACUUACUUAUAACAGAAUUAGAUUUGGGUCACAAUGUGCCUUUAGCCCAUCAUGCUUCUCGUCCAAGAUUAGAUGAACGAGGACUCUGGGUGGACUUGGAUGUGACAUAUGAAGGAACAAUAUGUUUCAGUUUAGAAACAAAACUAAAUCUGAUGAAGGUGAAACAGAUGGGAGGAGAGAUAGCUGCAGCAGAGAAGGAAGAAUGCUUGAACGUGGGUAAAAGUAAAUCACCAAUGUAUGACAGUGACCUAGAUGACAGUGCAGAAUCCUCUGAUGAUGAAGAUGAACGCCAAAGCACUUCAGGAGAAGACCAUUUUUCAUCCAACCACAAAGUGAGCCAACAUGGCAACCUGUUCCGGGUGAUACCGCUGGAUUUAAAAGGAUUAAUAAAACCUCCUCCUACUGCUUCCACUGGAAGGAAGUUUAUGAAUGUUGUUAAUAAGAUUGCAGCAUCAAAAUAUUUUCAGCAGGCAACAGAAAACAAGUACAUAAAAAGAGCCAUUGAAGGGGUGUCCAACACCAGGCUUAUGCUUACUGUGGAGGUAAAUGGUCUAGUUGGAACAGUGGUUCUUAACAUCCCACCACCUCCAUCAGAUAGAUUGUGGUAUGGAUUUCGUGGCAAUCCACGCCUUUGGUUGCAAGCUCGACCUAAGUUUGGCGAGCGCCAAGUAAAUAUAAGUCAAGUAACAUCUUGGAUAGAGAAACAACUUUGUCAAGAAUUUCAGAAAAAGUUUGUACUUCCAAAUAUGGAUGAUAUAGUCAUCCCCCUCAUGACUUCUCAGCUGCCUGACUAAUGACAGAAGAAAUAUUACAAGAUUCCACCAUUUUCAUUGUUCUGCAUGACUCAGUACCUCCUCAUGCCGCCAGCCAAAUGAGGGACCACAGAAAUAAAUUUAAGUAAUUAGUUCAUUGUUUAUGAACAUCUCUUGAAAAUCAUUGUUAUUACUCAGGAAGUUAUUUGUUUUAUUAGAAACAUUAGUAGCAAAACAUGGAUUAUACUUCUUCAUUCUGGGCAUUUGUAUCUUCUGGGAAAUUGGAUUUUUGCUUUUUUAUUUUGUAAAUAGCAUUUUCGAAACGAUUCAGCCGCUGUUGGAUUUGAAACCAAAACAAUAAAUUAUAAAAAUAUGUGGGCAGAUAUAAAGUUACCUUAUUAUAUUAUUUUGUUGUAAUAUGAGUUUAUGAAUGUGUUGUAAAGUCACUCUUGAUUGUUGAAUGGCUUCCUUUUUGUGUCUUUUGUGAAUGUUUCGUAGGAACGUACUGACUGAAAGAAGUUACGGGUUACUUUACAGAGCUAAGUUGUGAUUUUGCUGUGGUAUUGAUUGAUUUAAUGAUUGUCAUAAAUUUGGGUUUAUAGCCUAGAUCACUGAUUGCUGCAAUGUAGGAUCUAUGCAUGAAAAUUCCUUGGUGAAAUAUAUUGAACUUUUUUAGUAGAAUUAUGCAGGUUUGAUGUAACUGAUACAUUGUUUUCUGUAGUUAGAGCUUUUCCUUUAUAUAGCUUUAUUUCCCUGUGUUGUGCCACAAAUACCAAAUUGCUGAAAGUCUGCUGGUUCAGAUAACUGAUAUUUAAGGUGUUUUUAAAUAUUUAACUUUUAUUCAUUGUUUGGAGAACUGUUUGAUUGUGUUCCUUGGAAACUUUGCCAGGGGGUGUUUCUUUUUUGUUUUGUGUUUCUUUGUUAGCAUGGUUUGGAGUGAUUUUUUGUGAGAAAUUUCUUUAAAAUUUCAACAGUAUUUGUUAAACUUUUAUUGAAUCUUCAGAGGCAAAUACGCCAGUAUCACACUCCCUUUUCAAGUAUGAAACCCAGAAUUAAACCACUCCAAGUGUAACUUCCUGAUCUAGAUAAAAGAAUCGCAACAAUGCCGACAGAAAAAAUGUUUCAAAGAUGACAGAAGAAUAUUAUACAUGCAGAAAGGUCAGGUAUAAUGGUGAUCUUUUUAUCUGUUUUACUAUUGACUUAAAUCAGAAAUACAUUGUGCAGUCAUUAAAAAAAGUUUUUAAUGCUUACAGAUUUAUAAUAGUGGAUCACAUGAUGCCUAUUUAAAGCCAUUUCAGUUGUUUCUACUGUUUAGGGUGCUCUUGUACUUAACAAAAUUCAAAUUUUAAGUAUUAGCUGUAUAUGAAACUGUAUUGUGUCAGUAUUUUCCUUGACACGAGUAAAAUGUUUGUACAAAGCAUCUUUUUUAUAUUAAGCUCCAGGCUUGUGCUAUACAUAGGUCACACUAAGGAUGAGAUUCACUGGACUAGGAGGGUGUUUGAACAUCAUCACACUUGAAUAUCUGUAUCCUGCUUUACACUGUGUAUGUACCACUGUAUUCUGUCUAUUAGUAACUGAUAUUAUGCUUCAUUUAAAUUUGAUUCAGAUGCUUUGGUCAGGAGAAAAAGAACCCAAACCAUUGCUAGACUGUGGUUACAAAAAAAAUUUGAAUAACAGUAUCUAGUAGAGGACUGAAGGAUUAUAUAUGAAAAACUUAAAAGGAUAUGGUAGUAUCCAAGAAGUUUAUUUUUUAAAAUAAUUUAUUUCUCUGUUCUUGUCUUGGAUUUAAGUUUAUGGAAUGUCAGGUUGAUAGUGGAAACCUUAUGGAAGGGUUUUUUAUUAUAUAAACUGCCUUAUCUUGGUAACUUUGUAAUGCUAUCUAUUAUGCAGCACUACAGCAAUAAUAAUGGGAUUGAAGUGUCGUGUUA